AUGCUGCUCUCUCCUGCAGCCGAGCGGAACCAGGUUGACUUAGCAUCAGUAUUGCUGGAUAUAUUAGAGGCCCAGUCUCAUCGGGAAUUGUUUGGCCUGGAACUCGGAUCUGGCACAGGACAGCAUGUGGUACAUUUUGCCCAAGAGAUGCCCUUUGUCACCUGGCAGCCGUCAGACAUCAAAGAGGAGUCACGGAAUAGUAUUCAGGCUUACAUUGGAGCCACCAAGGUAAAGACAGUAUUAGAGCCAGUGCAUCUUGACGCAAGUGAACCAUGGGAAAAAUGGGCAGGACUCCCACGCAGCUCCUGUGAUGUCAUCAUAGCUAUCAAUUUGCUUCAGUAUAGCUCCUUCAGUACCAAUGAGGGCGUUUUCAAAGGAUCUGGACAGAUACUGAAGCAAGACGGCCUCUUGAUGACGUACGGGCCAUAUGCCAUUAACGGCACCAUCACCCCAAGCUGCAAUGAGGUGCUUGACCAGACACUGCGUGAAAUGAACCCAGACUGGGGUCUUCCAGACAUUGACGUGCUUAGACAGCUAGCAUUUGGCAAUGGCAUGCGUCUGGAGCGAAUGAUUGAAAUGCCAGAAAGCAACAAAUGCCUCGUCUUUAGAAAAAUGUGA